AUGGGUGACGAUUUCUGGUCCAGUAGCGAUGAGAAAGCCAUGGUGGAGUCUGUAUUGGGUAGUGAGGCCUGUGAGUUCUUGAUUUCCUCGGCUUCCAGAGCUUCAUCCACGGAAUUGGUUACCGCACCCGGCAAUCUGGGCUUGCAGCAAGGCUUGCUUCAACUCGUGGAAGGUUCUGAAUGGAACUAUGCUAUCUUUUGGCAUUCCUGUGGCUUGAAGUCUGGUGGGUAUGUGUUGACCUGGGGCGAUGGGAUCUGUGGUGAUCCGAAACGCGCUGGAGAAGAUAAAUCUGCUGGUCGUAAGCUGGACGGAGGGGAGAAGAGGGAAGAGGUGAAGAAGCGUGUGCUUCAGAAGCUGCAUUCACUCUUUAAAAGAACCGGUGAGGGUGCUUAUGUGGGUAGCUUGGGUGGAGUUUCUGAGGUCGAGAUGUUUUACCUUGCAUCAAUGUAUUUUCGGUUCUGGUCUGAUUCUGCGGUGGGUUAUGGUCCUCUGGAAUCAUAUAGGUCUGGCAGAUCGAUUUGGGUUUCCGAAAGAGCUAAUUGUUUGAAACAUUAUCAGUUGAGAUCCGGUCUCGCUGGGACUGCUGGGUUCCAGACUGUGGUGUUUGUACCAGUCAAAUCUGGUGUUUUAGAGCUUGGUUCAAUCAAGCCAAUCCUUGAGGACUCUGAUCUUGUGAAGAGGGUAAGGGCCAUGUUUGGAAAAUGUAAUGACUCUUCCCAGUUGAAGACAUGUCCUAAGAUAUUUGGCCGUGAGUUAAGCCUAGGUGGUUCAAUGCCAAGGUCGAUGAGCAUCAGCUUUUCGCCAAAGGUUGAAGAUGAAUUGGUUUUCAAUUCAGAGUCUUAUACAAUACAACAGCUGAGUACUGGUCAAGUUUAUGGAAGUACUUCGAAUGGCUGCCCUGGUGAAAGCAGUGAGGCAAAAUUAUUUCCGCCGAUGAACCAAAUGCUUGUUCCCAGUUCUGGUGCUGACUUAGUGAUCACUGGAUUGGAGCAGGGUAAAGAGGAUUUGUCACCUUUGGGCGAUGAGCGGAAACCCAAAAAGAGAGGAAGGAAGCCUGCCAAUGGGAGAGAAGAGCCGUUGAAUCAUGUUGAAGCAGAGAGGCAGAGGAGGGAGAAGCUUAAUCAGAGGUUCUAUGCUUUGAGGGCUGUUGUUCCAAACAUCUCUAAGAUGGAUAAAGCAUCUCUUCUUGGUGACGCCAUUACAUAUAUCAAUGAUCUCCAGAUGAAGAUUAAGGUUAUGGAAGCUGAGACAGGGAUGAGAAGCAACAAGCACAGUAGUGUGGUCAACCCGGAGAUCGAUUUCCAGCAGAGGCAGGACGAUGCAAUUGUGAGGGUGAGUUCUUCUCUGGCCGAUCACCCGGUUGGUAGUGUCAUUGAAAAGUUCAGGGAACACCAAGUUGCAGCCCAAGAAUGUAAUGUAUCCUCAUCCGAAGAUGGUAGGAUUGUUCAUACAUUCUCAAUCCGGACUCAGAGUGGAGCUGCUGAACAGCUAAAGCAGAAACUGGAAGCUGCCCUUUCCAGUGAAUGA